AUGGAGCUGAUCAGAUCAACACAAUUGGCCACAUACACACGGCCCAAGAGCAGCAACUUCCUGCCAGCCAUCUCCACAACAGUAUCCAGCUACAGAAGCCUCCAGCCGACCCUCACCACCAACCAGAACUCCAACUGGAAGACGAACAUGUACUUCAGGAGCGGGAGUGCCAUUCCCUCCAUUGUCCCCGUAUCUCAAAGAGAAAACCUGGACCUAGUUCGAGUUAAGCCUACGUUCUACCCAUCCAACAGGACUGCACUAAUGACCCGCUAUACACCAGAUGACUGGUACAAGUCCAACCAGAACAACUACCGAGAUUCAGAGUCCUCCAGGAAGAGUGCAGAGAGGCUGAGGAAAGACACAAUCCGGUUGAUCCAGGACCGGGAUCAGCACACACGCAAGACUCAGGAGAACACCAGCAAGAACCUGGGGGAGAGGCUCAACGAUAUCAGCUUCUGGAAGUCUGAGUUGGGUCAUGAAAUUGACAACAUGGUGACAGAGAUAGCAGCUCUGACAGAGGUGAAAAGAAGACUGGAGAGAGCGCUUGCUGAGACCGAGGGGCCACUGCAGGUGUCUCAGGAAUGUUUGUUUCAUCGAGAGAAGAGGAUGUCCAUCGACCUGGUACAUGAUGGUGUCGAAAAAGACCUGAUCAAGGAAGUGGAGGUAAUUAAAUCAUGUCAGGAGAGAAUGAGGAGGAGUUUGGACAAAGCCAUUGCACAGCUGGCAUCAAAUCGAUCAGCGCAGCAUGAACUGGAAAGAGAUUUAAGUGAUAAGGUUAGAGCUCAGCGUAUAGACGACAGGUGUCAUCAGAUGUGCAACGCCUCAGACGGCAUCAGCUACUACAGAGGCAUCGAGCGUCUGGAUCCCUCUCUGAGCUUGCCUGACUCAUGGUCAAAGUUCACCGAUGACAACAUCCUGCAUUCCCAGAGUCAACGUGCGGCAUCACACAAACUCCGUGAUGAGAUCGAGGUGCUGCUCAACAUCACCUCGAAUGAGAUGUGGAACCAGUUCAACACCGUUAACGUAUCCUUCACCAACCGCAUCUCUGAAAUGGCUGAUACCAAGAACAGCCUGCAGGUUCACUUGGCUAAGACCCUUCAGGAGAUCUACCAGACCGAGAUGCUCAUUGAUACCUUGAAAAAGGUGAUUCGUGAUAAGGAGAACCCUCUCAAAGUGGCUCAGACACGUCUGGAGGAGAGAACCCGUCGACCUAAUGUGGAACUCUGCAGAGACAAUCCUCAUCAUAGGUUGGUGAGUGAAGUGAGGGAGAUUGAGAACACAAUUCAUAUUUUGCAAGAACGCCUAGCAGAGGCUGAAAACACUCUGCAGAACUUGGUGAAGACCAAAGUCGCUCUGGAGCAUGACCUCUCCAUCAAGGCCAACUCACUCUUCCUGGAUCAGGAGAAAUGCAUGAGCAUGAGGAAGAGUUUUCCCAGCACCCCACGCUUGGUGGGAUAUACUUAG